CUUGAUUGAGCUGAAAAUUCUUUCAGAAAUUCCAAGCGUAAAGAAAGGAUUAGAAACUCUGCACCUCCAAAGUUGUUACUAGCUCCCAUAUUUAUUUGUGACGCAUACAGACUGGCGAAAAAACAUAUCAUACUGCAACUCAAAACCAUGACAUUUCUUUAUAUGCUCCUGCUGCUGUCCGCAUUGCCACUGAUCAAAACGACAUCAAUAUCGCCAAGAAAACAAGCAGAAUCGCUCGUCAAAUGGAAGGACGACUGGUCUUCAUCAUCAUCGCCACCUUCGCUACUCAAUUCAUGGUCCCUCACCAACCUCAACAGCCUCUGCAACUGGACUGCCAUUUCCUGCUCCAAAACCAGAACAGUCUCCAAAAUAGACCUCUCCAAUAUGCAAAUUUUCGGAACACUGUCCCUUUUCGACUUUUCCUCAUUUCCAAAUCUCACCCACUUCAAUCUAAAUGGCAACGAUUUCCAUGGGCCUAUACCGUAUACCAUUGGAAGUCUCUGUAGGCUCACAUCUUUGGACUUGGGCAACAACUUUUUUUAUUAUCAAAUUCCAUCUGAGAUUGACCAGGUAACAGAGCUUCAGUAUCUAAAUCUCCGCAACAACCGUCUCUCUGGUACCAUCCCUUAUCAACUGAGCAAUCUCCAAAAGGUACGGUACAUGGACCUUGGAUUAAACUAUUUUAACAAUACUGAUCAAGAUUGGUCAGAAUUUGCAGGCAUGCCCUCAUUGACCUACCUUGCUAUGUCUAUGCAACGUGAUAGUCUAUAUCAUUCAGAAUUCCCAGAAUUUAUAUCUCAAUGCCGGAACUUAACGUUCCUCGACUUGUCUCAAAUUAAUUUGAAUGGCCAAAUUCCACCUUCGAUAGGCCAACUCAGGGAGCUCCAGUACCUUGAUCUUUCAUACAACUCCUUAAACUCUUCUAUCCCUUCUGAGCUUGGUCGUUGUACAAACCUCACCCACUUGUCCCUAGCUUCCAAUAAACUAAACGGGGAACUGCUUCUGUCCUUGUCCAAUCUGAACAACCUCGUCAAAUUGAGUUUAGCUAAUAACCGAUUUUCUGGCACGAUUCCGGACAAUAUAGGUUUGAUUUCUGGUCUUCAAAGUAUUGACUUGAGAAGGAAUAAUCUGGAAGGGAAAAUUCCAUCCUCUGUAGGCCAAAUCAGGGAGCUCCAGUACCUUGAUCUUUCAUACAACUCCUUAAACUCAUCAAUCCCUCUCUCUAUAGGCCAACUCGGGGAGCUCCAGCACCUUGCUCUUUCACACAACUCCUUAAACUCUUCUAUCCCUUUUGAGCUUGGUCUUUGUACAAACCUCACCCACUUGUUCCUGGCUUUCAAUGAACUCAACGGGGAACUGCCUCUGUCCUUGUCCAAUCUGAACAACCUCGUCGAAUUAGGUUUAGCUCAUAACCAUAUCUCUGGCACGAUUCCGGACAAUAUAGGUUUGAUUUCUGGUCUUCAAAGUAUUGACCUGAGAAGGAAUAAUUUGCAAGGGAAAAUUCCAUCCUCUGUAGGCCAAAUCAGGGAGCUCCAGUACCUUGAUCUUUCACACAACUCCUUAAACUCUUCUAUCCCUUUUGAGCUUGGUCUUUGUACAAACCUUACCCACUUGUUCCUGGCUUUCAAUGAACUCAACGGGGAACUGCCUCUGUCCUUGUCCAAUCUGAACAACCUCGUCGAAUUAGGUUUAGCUCAUAACCAUAUCUCCGGCACGAUUCCGGACAAUAUAGGUUUGAUUUCUGGUCUUCAAAGUAUUGACCUGAGAAGGAAUAAUCUGCAAGGGAAAAUUCCAUCCUCUGUAGGCCAAAUCAGGGAGCUCCAGUACCUUAAUCUUUCAUACAACUCCUUAAACUCAUCAAUCCCUUCUGAACUUGGCCUUCAUACAAACCUCACCCACUUGUCCUUGUCUUCCAAUAAACUCAGUGGGGAACUGCCUCUGUCCUUGUCCAAUCUAAGCAACCUCGUUGAAUUGGGUUUAGAUAAUAAUCUAUUUACUGGUCAAAUCCUUCCUUCUCUGGUCUCCAAUUGGAUUAAUAUGGAAUCUUUGCAACUUCAGUCCAAUGAACUCAGUGGGGAGAUUCCGAUGGAAGUUGAAAAUAUGAACUUUCUGUUGACGCUCAAUCUAAGAAGGAACCACUUGACAGGAGCGAUCCCUCAGAUUCUAGGCAAUUUAGAUCUGCUUAAGCUGCUCGAUUUGUCACACAACCAUCUUUCGGGGCAAAUCCCAUCAUUUGUUUUUCUUGGUGAUGUUAAUUUUUCUUACAACAACUUGACUGGCCGAAUCCCAUGCGUUUUCCAAUGGGCACCAGAAAAUGCUUUUGUUGGAAACUCUGGGUUGCGUGGGUAUGUAGACUCGUGUGUAGACAGUAUACCCCCUCGGCACAAAAGAGUUCUAAUUGGUAUCCUUGUGCCUGUUUGUGGUUUAUUAAUGGUUACAACUGUCAUUGGUCUUAUGUUCCGUAAAAAAUCCAGUCUCGUUUUGAACAAAGUCAACACUUCUGAAAACUUUGAGAGUUUGGAGUCGAUGAUAUUGCAAGAGGAAGUAAAGUUUACGUUUGGGGAAGUUGUGAAGGCUGUGGAUGACUUUCAUGAGAAGCACUGCAUUGGGGCAGGAGGGUUUGGAAGGGUUUACAAGGCAGAGUUGCAAUCAGGCCAAGUUGUUGCAGUUAAAAGGCUUAACAUGUCAGACUCUAAUGAUAUUCCAGCAAUCAAUCUCCAUAGCUUUCAGAAUGAAAUUCGAACUUUGACAAGCAUCCGGCACCGUAACAUCAUAAGGCUCUACGGCUUCUGUUCAAGGAGGGGUUGCAUAUUCUUGCUUUAUGAAUACUUAGAGAAAGGAAGCCUGGGAAAAGCUUUGUAUGGAGUUGAAGGUGUUAAUGAACUCGUUUGGGCAACUAGAGUCAAAAUUGUGCAAGGACUUGCUCAUGCACUUUCUUACUUGCACCAUGAUUGCUCUCCACCAAUUGUGCACCGUGACAUAACCGUCAACAAUGUAUUGCUUGAGUCUGAUUUCGAGGUUCGUCUCUCAGAUUUCGGAAUAGCCAGGUUAUUGAGUACUGAUUCAUCCAACUGGACAGAUAUCGCUGGUUCAUUUGGCUACAUAGCACCAGAGCUUGCAUACACUAUGCGAGUCACGGAUAAGUGUGAUGUAUAUAGCUUUGGAGUGGUGGCGCUCGAAGUCAUGAUGGGAAGGCACCCAGGAGAUAUGCUAGAGUCCCAGCUACAAGAAUCAUCAAAAUCAAGGAGGGACAAUGUAGAAUUGCUCCUGAAAGAUUUGUUAGACCAAAGGUUGGAACCGCCAACCAAUGAAUCUGCAAAGGCAGUGGUGCUUGUAGUGAUAAUGGCCUUGGCCUGUAUACGAACGCGUCCUGCGUCCAGACCCACGAUGUUAUUUGUGGCACAAAAACUCUCAGCUCAAACCCUGCCUUGUCUUCCCGAACCAUUUGGUAUGUUGACAAUCAACAAGCUAAUGGCACUAUAAAAAAAAAAAAAGAAGACAAGGGCGAAUAGUUCAAACUUCCCUUUUGUAUUCCUGCCACACGCAGUUCCAUCUAAUUUCUCGUGUAAUACAUCUUCAGUACUGUAAUUACUCAUUUGUAUUAUUUGUCGAAUGUGGAUUAAUGUGUGAUGAAUUUUCUUAA